AUGUUGAUUGGAUCGGCGAUCGGUAGUGAGUUUGCCCAAUUACCGAGUGCCCCGUGGAGCAUGGAACCUCCCAGGGCUCCACUGCCCGGACAAGGAUCGCUUCCACACCCGCCACCCUCGCUGCAGCUCUCACCGACCGUGGGCCUCUCUCCCAACCUGCCCUCGCCCGGCUCCGUGCAGCCCACCACCAAUCUGUUCGGGGCGGCGGCAGCAGCUGCAGCGGCCGGGGCGGCCGGGACGGCGAAUGCGCACGCCCUGGCCGGCCUGGUGUCCCAGCAUCGACUCCUGGAGCUGUCCCGGUUCGGCCUGCGAGGCUACGACCUAGCGCAGCAUAUGCUCACCCAGCAGGGUGCCGUCUCCAAGCUCCUAGGUACUUUACGACCGCCGGGUCUGAUCGGGGGCUCCAAGCCGAAGGUGGCCACGCCGGCCGUCGUCUCCAAGAUCGAGCAGUACAAACGUGAAAACCCGACCAUCUUCGCGUGGGAAAUCCGAGAGCGCCUCAUCUCCGAAGGUGUCUGCACGAAUGCUACCGCCCCUUCAGUGUCGUCCAUCAACCGAAUCCUGCGCAAUCGAGCCGCGGAACGGGCGGCUGCCGAGUUUGCCCGAGCCGCCGGCUAUGGUCUCUACCCACCACCACCGUACGGUGGGUUUCCGUGGCCUACACCGACGCAUCUGUGGUCACCGGGGCAGGGUCUACCGAACAUGUCGCAGCCGGGAGGCAGCACCACCCCAGGGACGAUCGGAUCUCCCGGUUCCGGCUCCCAUGAGACUCUUGGAUCUCCCGAUGGUAAUCGAUUAAUCGACAUCGAAGGCGAAGACUCCAACAGUUUGGACGGUGAUCAACCAAAGUUUAGACGUAAUCGCACCACCUUCAGCCCGGAGCAGCUCGAGGAGCUCGAGAAGGAGUUCGACAAGUCGCACUAUCCGUGUGUCAGUACCCGCGAACGACUUGCGUCCCGUACCUCCCUCAGCGAAGCGCGCGUUCAGGUUUGGUUUUCCAACAGACGGGCGAAAUGGCGACGUCAUCAAAGAAUGAAUCUUUUAAAAAGGUCCAGUUCGCCGACCACCCGAGCGGCUGCGGCGGCGGGAACGGCGGCAAGUUCCGCUUUCACCCCUGGCUCCCCGCCGCCGCCGCCGCUGCAGCAGCCGCCGCAGCCGCCAACCGGAUCGCAGCCGCCAACGGCCACUUCCCAGCAGCCGCCGGCGGCGGCCCCAGUGCCUUCAUCCGGUUCACCGGGAGUUCCCCACCCCGCUCACCAUCUUCCCCCGCAUCCGGGGCCACCGCACCACCACCACCACCACCACCUGUCGCACCUGCACCACCCUCCGCACCACCAUGCGCACCCGUUCCAUCCGCACCACCAUGCGCUCUCUCAUCCGCACUCUCACCAGCCGCCUCCACCGCCGCCGCCGGCGCCGGGCUCCUCCGAUCACCACCAUCACGCGGCGGCCCACCUGCACCCCAAUCCCUCCACCUCGCCGGCGUCGGCAGCGGCGGCGGCGGCCGCACUGGGAGCCCAGGCAGCGGCGGCAGUGGCGGCGGCCCAAGCGGCGUCAUUAGUCACAGCAUCAACUCCAUUAUUAAUGGGCGGUGAGCACAGUGCGUUCCGGUCGCUCGUGCCCACCUCGGCCGCCGCCCUCUUCGCCGGCCUUUCGCGCUCCUACGCCGCGCCCUCGGCGGCCUCCUCCAACCCGGACUCCGUCAGCCCCGCUCCGACCGACGACUCGGACGAGGAGAUCAACGUACACGACGACGACUCGAACGACGAGUAUGAACCGACCGGCGGCAACCACCGCACCAACGGCGACGACCGGCGGCGCCGUCGGCGUCGCUCAAGCUCGGCCACCGGUGGCAGCGUGUCGGCCACGUCCUCUUCCGGCCCGGCCCCACUCCAACUAACCAAACACGAACGCACGCAACAGUAG